AUGGAGGCUUUGAAGUACGUCCAUGAUCGAGGGGUCAUUUGGGGCGACGUCUCACCUCGAAAUGUUCUUAUCUUCGAUGAUCUUCACGUCAAGCUCUGCGAUUUUGCUGGUUCGAUUCUGAAGGGUAGGUUCCCCGAGGUUCUCUUUACGUGUGAGCCCCGUUGUUGGGUGCUAGGACUAGAAGGCGACUCUACUACUCGAAGUAUACUCGAAAAGGAGCUCUUUGCGCUUGGUACUGCAAUUUGCGAGAUUACAGAAUGGACUGUCUCUUAUGGGCCAAUAGAGAUAGACGAACUCCAGCAGAAAAUUAUGGAUGGAGAGUAUCCUUACGUUGAUGAUAGUAACCCUGUCAAGCAUGUUAUCCAGAAGUUAUAG